CACGCUCUCACCCGACCUCGUACGACAACACCAACCACCAUGUCUAGCCGAACUACUACGACCACUACCACCCAAUCCACAGCCCCAUCCACGAUCGACACGUCAUGUUCCUCACGACAGUCGAUGCCGUUUUCGUCAGCCGUCUCGGCUGGCGUCAAUCGGGAAUGCUUUGACCCGUCCAACGAUUGGGACGGAUUGCAACUACAACGCUAUCAUAUCAAACUCUUCCGUGUGUGUCGUGCUGCGGGGUCAAUUCAGCAUCCGGCUGUGGUCGCACCUGUUGGUGGACGAAUGGCUCGUCAAGUCUCCAUGUAAGGUGGCAAUGGUUGUGGAGCAGCUGGAGAGGAACCGUCGAACGACAGCGUUUGCUCUAGGCCGCGAUGCAUCGCUGGUGUACUGGGAACCCAACGCGGGGGGGCGGAGCGUCGUGUCGGAGGCGCUCUCGAUGGAGUACAUGCACCAGCGCUUCGGCGCCAUGGACGUCGUGACCGAGAUGCAAAUUGAGUACUGGAGCCCCAACUGGAAAAAGGUCGACUACCUUUGCACGAUAUACGGCCAGCGCAUUGCCGUGAGUGUGACACGGGCUAUGAAGUUUCACAAGAACGCAGUCUUCACCACGUCCGACGCCCAAACUUUGCUGCGGAAGAAGCUGUACGGCCUCGUCGUCGCCAAGGCGGGUGUGUGCAAUGCACAGCGCUACACCAAAUCGGUGCUUCACAUUUGGUGCCAAACCACGGCCAUUGCUCGGACGUUGGCUAUGUGCCACGGCGCGGUUGUGGCCGACCUUGAUAUCGUUGAGAACGUUAUCUUGAUCGCGACCGUGGCCCGCGAAGAAGGCAUCUUCGACAAUAAUUUGGUCCUGCUCGACCCUCAACAGAUUGGAGCGCUGCAGACGUCCCCACGCCACGAUCUGUGAAUAGCGUAGUGACCGAAAUGUGUGGUCAAAGGCCAAAAAAUGCUCUGUGUUAAACAUCAAUUGCAUUCCUGAUCGAA